CGCUAAUCUGUAGGCGUUUAACUGCGCAUGCGCAUGCCAUUGCAUCUCCUUAGCAGUUGAGGUGAAGUUGGUUUCGUCAACAUUAUCAGUAAAAAUAUCCACCGACAGCCAUUCGUGCUGCUCCAGAUGACGACAGGCGGUUAGGUGAAGACCCAGAAGGCGCCAUGGAUGCAGUACAGGCUUUUAACGCGGAGAUGGUGUCCAUGAUGGACAUGAAGCCGCCAAUUUCCCGAGCAAAGAUGAUGUCCAUCACGAAAGCAGGGAUAAAAGCCAUCAAGCUUUAUAAACACGUCGUCCAGAUAAUUGAGAAGUUCAUCAAAAGGUGUGGUCCACAGCUGAAGGUCCCCGGCCUGUAUGUGGUGGACUCCAUCAUCAGGCAGUCUCGACAUCAGUUUGGAGAAGAUAAAGAUGUCUUUGGUCCCAGAUUUCUGAAGAACAUCAGCGAGACCUUCCACAGCCUCUACCAGUGUCCUCCUGACGAUAAGGUGAAGAUCUUGCGCGUGUUGAAUCUGUGGCAGAAGAACUCUGUGUUUGGUAUGGACGUCAUUCAGCCCCUGCUGGACAUGGCUGCAGUUUCACUCUUACCUGUUCUGGAGAAUGGCAGGACGCUGGGAGGGUCUCCAGCUGUGGAGAUAUCAGCCCAACUCCCCUCUGCCUCCAUCCCCGUCUCUGUGGACCGUCCCAUCAGUACUGGAGUCCUUCCAGAACCUCAUAUCUCAGCCAAUUUUCCUCAGCUGCAGAACCCAGCGGCUCUGCCCCAGCUGCAGAACCCGGUGGCUCUGCCCCAGCUGCAGAACCCGGUGGCUCUGCCCCAGCUGCAAAACCCGGCGGCUCUGCCCCAGUUGCGGAACCCGGCGGCUCUGCCCCAGCUCCAGAACCCGGCGGCUCUGCCCCAGCUGCAAAACCCGGCGGCUCUGCCCCAGCUGCAAAACCCGGCGGCUCUGCCCCAGUUGCGGAACCCAGCGGCUCUGCCCCAGCUCCAGAACCCGGCGGCUCUGCCCCAGCUGCAAAACCCGGCGGCUCUGCCCCAGCUGCAAAACCCGGCGGCUCUGCCUCAGCUCCGGAACCCGGCGGCUCUGCCUCAGCUCCGGAACCCGGCGGCUCUGCCUCAGCUCCAGAACCCGGCGGCUCUGCCUCAGCUCCAGAACCCGGCGGCUCUGCCUCAGCUCCAGAACCCGGCGGUUCUUACGGCUAUUGCUCAGUUUUUACAGUCCAGUCAGAGCCUCGAUCUCCAGCAGGUUCUGCAGACUCUCCAGCAGAGCAGUGUUAACGCCCAACCGGCUGACCAGAGCGCUGCUUCCUCUCAGCCAAAAAGCACAAUCGCAAAGGUUUUGCUUGACCGGUUCGAUUACGAUGAGGAACCAGAUGUGGAAGAACCAAAGCAGGAGGAAACGACUCCAGCUGUAAACCUUGUGGAUCUGCAGCAGGCUUUACAGGCUCAUCUGUUUGGUCAACUAUCUACCCAGUUGCUUCCAAACGUGCAAGCAGCGAUGCAGGCGGUGGGCUCUCAGUCGAUUCCUGGUUCGACACAGGCUGCGGGACAGCCUGGCCCUGACUUCCAAUUGUCUGGGCCCUCUGAAACCCCUCAGAACGAAAGCCACGGCCAUAUCAGCACACAGCCCCAGGAUGUGCCGAUGGAAUCCAGCCAGUCCAGGAGGGAUGAUCGGGAUGGGAGAUACAACAGACGAUCAAGGUCGAGGUCUCCUCAGAGAUGCUCGUCGUCCCGUUCGCGGAGGUCCCUCUCCGGCUCACGUUCUCAUCGCUCGAGGUUCCGGCGCUCGCGGUCUCGGUCCAGAGAGCGCUGGAGGGGCUCGCCGAGGUCACGCACUGAGGACCGGAAAGAGAGAGAGAGGAAACAUAAAGGUCUCCCGCCCAUCAGGAGAGAGAUGCUCAGCGUUUGCACCACAACACUGUGGAUCGGUCAGCUGGAUAAGAAAACACAGCAGCAGGACAUCAGCAGCCUGAUGGAGGAGUUUGGGCAGAUCGAAUCUAUAAACAUGAUUCCUCCUCGAGGCUGUGCCUACAUUGUUAUGGUGCACAGACAGGACGCCUCCACAGCCCUGAACAAGCUCAGCAGAGGCAGCGCCAGGAUCAACCACAAGCCCUUCAAGAUUGCCUGGGCGCUGAACAAAGGCGUGAGCUCGCGGUUUAAGAAGUACUGGGACGUGGAGCUGGGAGUCACCUACGUCCCCUGGAGUAAGCUGAAGCCCGCAGAGAUCCCGGCUCUGAGAGAGGGAGGCAUGCUGGACCAGGACACCUUCAAUCCAGAGUGGGCGUCGGUGCUGGAGGACCUGCUUAAGGCUGUUGAAGACCGUGGAAACCCGGAAGGAGAACCGAGCGAUGGAGCUGCCGUCGCCUUGGCUGGGCCUCAGGUACUUGCAGUGAGCGUCGAUUUGGCCAGGUCUCCUGCUGCCAUCACCCCCGCCAUCAUCAGCCCCCCGCACACUCAUACAGCAGACAAGCUGGAGGCCCCUUCAGCAGAGCCCAGUGAAGGUCCCGUGAGCCAGAUGGACUCCCCUGAAGACCCUGUGACCAGCAGCCUGCCUGUUGGAACCCUUCCCGAACCCCCGCAGCAUCCUCCGGGACCCCUUCCUCCAUUCAUUCACCCAUUCCCAAACAACGUGCGUCCAAACAUGCCUCCAGGGAACAUGCCCCGUCCAAACAUGCCUCGUCCAAACAUGCCCCAUCCAAAUGCGCUCCACCCAAACAUGCCCCCAGCGCACAUGCCCCAGUCAACGCUGCCCCAGGGCCCCAUGUUUAGAGAGAGACCACCUGGACCCAUGGGACCCCGUGGACCGCGAGGACCCCAAGGCAGGUUCCGGAUGCCCUUGCCUGGGCCACACGAAGACUUCUCACCCCCAGGCCCUAUGGAGGGGGACCACUGGAACCGUGCCCCUCAUAGGAAUGACUGGAGACACUCUGGGCCAAACAGGGGUCCUGAAUGGUUCGAGGAAGGGCCGCCGCCGUUUAGGCGUGGCGGCUGGGUCCGGGGUGGCCCCCGGGGGCGUGGUCACUUUGCUAAUUGACCACCUGCCUCAAAGACUCCCAGACAUUUUGAAGUUAGGUCUCAGUGAACUUUUCAAAAGUGUGUCUACACAAAUAAAUGUCAUGAGAGGUCACGUGUGCCGAUAAACGUGAUCGGAGCCCAAAGGUCAGCUUCCAUGUUCUUCUACUUGUCCACUGAUUGUAUCCUGUAAGUUAGGUCUUUAGGUCAUUGCUAGUGAAAUAAGUUUGUCACCCUGAGGUUACGUGUGUUAUUGGGAAUAUGUCACACGUGACCUCAGAGUGAAAAGUCUGUUUUGGAAACUGACCACUGACCUUUAACCCUCAAUCUCUGUCUCAUAUACUUGAAGCUGGGGUGAAGUUGCUGCAGAAACUGCGUCGUUCUGAAAUCACGUGUGCCAAUGAACGUUACUGGUGGUCAGAGGUCAGUUUCCAGGUUCCUCUGCUUGUUCAAAGACUCCCACAGACUGUUAGCUUCACGUUUGUGCUUUGAAAGGUUGUGUAAACGCCAUUCCUGUGCAAAGGACUGUGUUGUUUUGAGGUCACGUGUGCCAAUGAAUGUGAUUGGAAACAUUCAAAUCAGGCCUCUGGUCAUAGGGAUGUCCAGAGACUUAAAACUGGCUCAAAGUUUGGAACACAAUUAAUACGUUUCUGUAGAAAUAUUGCCAUGGAAAAAAGUGUGAAAAGGUCACGUGUGCCUGACGAAUGUGAGGACAUGCAGAAGAAUCUGCUCAUGGUGGAAACUGACUGUUAAUGUUUAAAAACAGCCCUAGAGACAUAAAAAUGGGUUAAAGUGGGUACAAAUUAGGUCAUUUAAAUGAAAUUAAACGUCAUUCUAAUGUCACGUGCGCCAGUGAACAGGUUUAUGGCACACGUGAGCUCCCAUCAAAACGAUAUUUUUCUAGUAUUUUGGAAACAAAAGCAAUGUUUGGCCUCAGAUGACCAGCCUAGGGACUGCUGACAUGAAGUUAGGACAAGAUGAGGACAUCUCUGUACAACUUUCAUGGAUUACGCAAUGGUCACUCUGAGGUCACGUGUGCCAGUCAGCGUGAUUGGACAGGUAGAAAAAUCUGCCGCUUUGGAAACAGGUCCCGAAAGAAUCCCAGAGACUUGAAACCAGCUUACGUUUAGGCUGUCAUGGAGAACUUGGUGUGGAAACGUCAUGGCUUUGGAAAUACGUGUGAAAUUCUGAGGUCACGUGUGCCGAUUUGCUUGGUAGAACAAAAAAAAGAGACUCUUAUUUUUGUUAUGUUCUUCGUUUAAACGUGACCUUUUAAGCUUAAAUUUGAGGAUGAUUUUUCUCAGCAGUCAGAAGACUGAAGGAACUGAAAACUGCUUAUUUAUUUAAUUUUUUAAAAAAAUAAGUCACUGUCAGAUGCACUUUUCAUAAUAUUGAAACAUCUUUUGGGCAAAUCCUGACACCCAAGACGUGGAAAAAGCUACUUCCGGGCCUAUAUUGACCCUGUAAAGGCUUGACUGUGUGCCGUGUCCACUCGAACCUGCCCAGGCCUUGAUGAAUAAGUGUUCUAAAACGAAGGAAACAUUUCUGUUCCCAAGCUAUCGUUGUUUUCGAGGUUGUAUAUUUUGGGAUUGCAUGAUUAUAUUUGCCUGACUUUUGGGAAGGAGGAGGAUCCGGGAAAGCUUGCCUGAUUUGAUUGGAAAAGCUGUUUGCGUUUUGAGCGGUCAGCUGGUUUUCAUCCUGUGAGCUCGCUGUUGAUUUUAGUAAACUAUUUUUCUACUAA